AGAUGUGAUUAUUUCCCACAGCCAAAACUCAAUUUCCUGAUCAACCACAAUCCCUGUGAGUCGCGUUAAGAUGCGCAUUCACACCGAGCUGCCAGUUUCCUCCGGAGGACGAGCAGCUCCAGGGUUGAAUUACAUGCGCAGUUCUGCCGUGAAUCACACAUCACCACGGCAACCGGCGUUCACACAGAGUCCCCGUCAGCAUCAGUGGGGUCCGAUCCCAUCAACAGAAGGCAUACCACAGAACACCACAUAUUCAGAUUUUGAGCUACAAGCAGCGCUGUCACAUUUGGUUAAAAGAACCCAGUCUGAGUAAGUCUGACCUAAGCUGUCUGUCCCUGGUCUCCAGAUCUAGCCAGGCUUUUUUUUCGACAACAGAGCAGCUAUGGUGAAGCUAGGCAGCAAUCUGUCUGAUAAACUGGAAAAGCAGCCGUCUGCGGAUGACGGCUUUGAUAACAUCCCCCUCAUCACACCCCUGGAGGUCAACCAGCUCCAGCAGCCGUUUGCGGACAAGGUCAUUGUAAAGACAUCAACACAAUAUCAGCUGCCGCAGAAGAAGAAGAACAAGCUGUAUGUGCCCAAUAUCAAGAAGCUGAAUAUCAACUUCUACAGUGAUGUUUCAGAGAAAGCCAAGAUCACAGGUCUGAUCCUCAUUACACUGGCCUUCCUGACCAGCCUGCUCCUCCUGUUGAUGUACAAAGCCAUGUGGUAUGACCAACUUACCUGCCCAGAGGGUUUUAUCCUUCAGCAGAAGCACUGCACCCCGGCAGCCCUGGAGAUGUACUACACUGAGCAGCAGCAGCAGGGGGUUCCAGGCAUCCACGACGGGGCCAACACCGGACUGUACGCCGCCCUCAGCCACCUUAACCAUGUCAAGAGGACUGGGUCGGAGCUGCCAUCGCCAUGGUUACCAGUCAUCAGUGCUCUGAAGGAGGCAGAGGUGGCCAAACAGGGCAGCGAGCCUCUGCCAGGAGGACUGGAGGGAGAGGAGUGAAGGGGCUGACAGACACGUAGGUGUUAAAGGUGGAAAUGAUGAUGGGGAGGCAGCAUAGAUUUUUGUGUCUUUCUUCCCUCGUACAGUCCAUCGAAUCACUUGUUUAUACUGGUGCUCCAAAUCUUUAAAGGUGUAACUACUGAACAUUUAAAUCAGCUAUGUAAACCACACUUUUAUUCAACUUUAAAACCAGUAAUAUUCUAUUAAUAUUUAAGAAGCUAAUACCCAACUGUGUGUAUUUGUGUGUGUGUGUGUGUGUGUGUGUGUGUUUGUGUGUGUGAGAGGGAG